AUGGAGUGCAAUCGCGUGAUGGAUGAAUACAUAGCAAGUCUAGGGCAAAGAUUGCGAAAUCUAAACAAGAGCAUCCAUGAUAAUCCCGAGCUCGCAUAUGAGGAACACCAUGCCCAUGAGACCGUAUGUACUUUCCUGGAAGAGCACACCACUAUUCCGGUGACUCGGAGGUCAUACGGCCUCGCCACAGCAUUCGAGGCCAUCAGCGGAUCUAGCGGGAGAUGCGUUAACUUCAAUGCCGAGUAUGAUGCUCUUCCGGGUAUUGGACAUGCUUGCGGGCACAAUCUCAUUGCGACGGCGGGUGUGGCAGCCUUCCUGGCUCUAUCGCAUUUGAUCGAGCGAUUUGGAAUUUCUGGACGUGCUCACCUGCUGGGCACCCCUGCGGAGGAAGAUGGGGGCGGGAAAAUCGACCUGUUAAAAGCUGGCGCGUACGACAAAGCCGAUGUCUCAUUGAUGAUACACCCAAUGUCAGACGGCUCUCUCCAUGAACUCGGCAUUGCGGGAGUAGCAGGCCAGACAUCUAUCUCCUGCUUCGAUCUAAUCUGCACAUACGAGGGCGUCAGCGCCCAUGCCAGUGCCAAUCCCUGGGAUGGAGUAAACGCCUUGGACGCCAUUGUCUGCGCAUACAACAACAUCUCCAUGCUCCGGCAGCAAAUCAAACCCGAAGAAAGAAUCCACGGAGCAAUCAUGGAAGCCCCCAAGAUCACCAAUGCGAUACCCGAAAGGACAGUCACCAAAUACACCGUCCGCUCACCGUCCAUGAAGAACACAGUCGCCCUUGGAGAGCGCGUUCGUGCAUGCUUGCAAGCAGGAGCUCUCGCAACAGGCUGUAAGCUUCACAUCGAAGAGACUGAGAUCUAUGCCGACUUGCGCGUGAAUGAGCCUCUCUGCGGCGAGUUUGCCAAAUGUAUGAAGGAGCAGGGAGAACAGGUCCAGGAUGUAGCUAGUAGCCCUAUCCCGGGCUCAACGGACCAGGGAAAUGUCAGCUACGCUCUUCCUGCAUUGCAUGCUAACAUUGGCAUUCCGGUCUCGAGCGGUGCGCAGCCGCAUACUCACGACUUUUGUACGGCUGCGGGGAGACUAGAAGCUCAUGAGAUUAUCCUGAAGGCUGCGAAGGCCAUGGCAAUGACGGGUUGGGCUCUCUUGACGGAUAAUUCAUUGUAUGGGGAGGUUAGGGAUGCUUUUGAUCGGGACUGUCAACUACGGUAG